AUGGAGCUGCCUGCGGUGGCCCUGCCGCUGCUCCUGCUGCUGCGAGUGCCUUCCCUUGCUCCUGGGACCCAACUGCAGCCCCACAUGCCCAACGUCUGUGCCCAGCAGGGACUGGUGAUGGUGGGGCAGCGGCCGCCGCGCGCCCGGGCGCUCACCCGCCGGGGCUGGGGGCAGGACUGCGGAGCUCGGCGCUGGUGCCCGGGCUACGAGCGCAGCACUGUGUACUACCCGGGCUACAGGCACCAGGGGAGCACCCAGACCAUCUACAGGUGCUGCCCGGGCUGGUCCCAGCGCGAAGGUGACAGCGGCUGCUUCUACCCUGUCUGCAGUUAUGGAGUUUGUUUCAACGGUGGAAAUUGUGUGGAGGGAUCUCCCCAGCUCUGCCACUGCCCCCCUGGCUUCCAAGGCCCUCGCUGUCAGUACGAUGUCAACGAGUGCGAGGUGGGGAACGGCGGCUGCGAGUCCCAGUGCUGCACCACCCUGGGCAGCUUCUACUGCGGGUGCCCGGCGGGGCAGCGGCUGCAGCGCGACGGGAAGACGUGCACAGAUGUGGAUGAGUGCCAGGUGCUCAACGGGGGCUGCCAGCACCGCUGUGUGAACACCCUGGGCUCCUUCUACUGCGAGUGCCCUCCCGGCUCCCGCCUGCACGCGGACGGCAGGACCUGCCUGGCUGUGAACACGUGUGCCCUGAACAACGGCGGCUGCGAGCAGGAGUGCGUGCAGGUGACCCCAGCGCGGCAUCGCUGCCGCUGCCGCCAGCGCUACCAGCUGCGGGAGGACGGCAAGAGCUGCGCCCUGAGGAACCCCUGUGCUGACAGGAACGGGGGCUGCAUGCACCGCUGCCACAACCAGGGGGGCACAGCCCGUUGCCACUGCCACCCCGGCUACCGCCUGGCACCCGACAGCAAGGCCUGUGAAGAUGUGAACGAAUGUGUGACUGGAGCAGCCCUGUGUGCUCACCAGUGUCUCAACACUCAGGGCUCCUUCAAGUGUACCUGUAACCCAGGCUAUGAGCUGGGGGCAGAUGGCAAGAGAUGCUACCGGAUAGAAAUGGAGAUUGUGAACAGCUGCGAGGCCAACAACGGGGGCUGCUCCCACACGUGCCACCACACCAGCUCAGGCCCAGUCUGUACCUGCAACUUUGGCUAUCGGCUGGAAGGGGACCAGAAGACCUGCACUGAUAUCAACGAGUGUGACACAGGUUCCCACUGCUGCCAGCAAGACUGUUACAACUACCCCGGGGGCUACGAGUGUGCGUGCCAGGCAGGGUACCGGCUGGGCACCGACGGCUGCGGCUGCGAUGAUGUGGAUGAGUGCUCCUUCAAUAAAGGUGGAUGUGAACACACGUGCCAGAACCAGCUGGGGUCGUUCCAGUGCAGCUGUGAGAUUGGGUACAGACUGGACGAGGACAGAAGGAGCUGCAUCCCCCUAGAGGACCCCGUGGAGCCCCUGGAUGCUCGGCACCCCGUUAUCCGCCCCAUCCCUCACGUUGCAAUCCUGCGGGAUGAGCUUACCCAGCUCUUCAACGACGACUAUGAGGAAGAGGAGGAAGGGAUGGAAGCAAGAGGAGAGCACACACUUUCAGAAAAGUUCGUCUGCCUGGAACACACCUUUGGGCCUGACUGCAGCCUGACCUGCCAGGACUGCCAGAACGGGGCCACCUGCAACUCGGAGGGGACGGGCUGUGCCUGCCCGGCCGGCUGGACCGGCCUCCUGUGCGACCAGCCCUGCCCGGCCGGCACCUUCGGCAGGAAUUGCAGCCAGAGCUGCCGCUGCCAGAACGGAGGCACCUGCGACGCGGCCACCGGCUCCUGCCGCUGCCCGCCCGGGGUGGCCGGGGAGCUCUGCCAGGACGGGUGCCCUAAAGGAUUUUUUGGGAAGCAGUGCAGGAAAAAGUGCAACUGUGCCAACCGAGGUCAUUGCCAUCGGAUCUACGGAGCCUGCCUGUGCGACCCGGGCUUGUACGGACGGUUCUGCCACCUGGCUUGCCCCAGGUGGGCGUUCGGGGCGGGCUGCUCGCAGGAGUGCAGCUGCCUGCAGCACCACAGCCAGGACUGCGACCGCCGCGAUGGCUCCUGCCUCUGCAAGCCCGGCUACCGCGGCAAGCGCUGCGAGCACCGCUGUGACCCUGGCUACUAUGGGGAUGGCUGCAAGAAGAAGUGUAGCUGCUCUCCUGACGUGCCUUGUGACCAUGUCACUGGGGAGUGCUGGAAGGAGUGUCCCCAGGGCUACCACGGGGAGAACUGCGACCAAGAGUGCCCGGAGGGGAGGUUUGGGGCAGGCUGCCAGCAGUCCUGCUCCUGCGGUGGAGCACCCUGCCCCCCGAGCAGCGGGCAGUGCCGCUGCCCAGCGGGCUGGACCGGCCACCUCUGCGGCCAAGCUUGUCCUGAUGGUCGCUGGGGCCUGGGCUGCCAGGAGAUCUGUCCCCAGUGUGCCAACAAUGCCAGCUGUGACCCUGCCACUGGAGCCUGCCUGUGUCCUGCUGGCUGCACUGGCCACCUCUGCCAGGAUGCGUGUCCGCCCGGCUGGUUUGGCCAAGACUGCCAGCAGAGCUGCAGCUGUGGGAACGAGGGGCAUUGCCAUCCUGUGACGGGGACAUGCAGCUGCCCAGCUGGCUGGACUGGACACAACUGCCAGAGAGAGUGCCCAGAGGGAUGGUUUGGGCUGAGCUGUCGGCAUCAGUGUCAGUGUGAGAACGGGGCUGCCUGUGACCACGUCAGUGGGGCCUGUACCUGCAGCCCAGGCUGGAGAGGGACCUUCUGCCAGCUCGCCUGUCCCGAGGGAUUUUAUGGACUGGAGUGCCAGGAAUCCUGCAACUGCCUGAACGGCGCCCGCUGUGACCCUGUGACGGGCCAGUGCCACUGUCCCCCCGGCUGGGUUGGCCCCCAGUGUGGCCAGGCGUGCCAGGAGAACAGGUACGGCGAGAACUGCACCCAGACCUGCCGCUGCUUCAACAACGCCUCCUGCAGCCCCGUCAGCGGCCGCUGCCUCUGCAGCGCCGGGGGGACGGGACCCACCUGCCAGGAAGCCUGCCCGGUGGGUUUCUAUGGGGAGAGCUGCCUCCAGCGCUGCCUCUGCCAGAACGGGGGCACUUGUGAGCCCCCCGGCUGGACCGGCCCGCGCUGCCACAGCCCUUGCCCAGAGGGGAGGUUUGGGGCACGCUGUGAGGAGCACUGUGACUGUGGGGCCAACGUCUCGUGCCACCACGUCACUGGUGCCUGUGAUUGUCCCCGCGGCUGGAGGGGCCGGCGCUGCGAGAAAGCCUGCCUGCCAGGUUCCUUUGGGAAGAGCUGUGCCAGCCGCUGCGCCUGCCCCCCGGGAGUGCCCUGCCACCACGUCAGCGGCCGCUGCGGCUGCCCGCCCGGCCUGGCGGGCUCGGGAUGCGAAAAACCCUGCCUGCCCGGGACCUUUGGUGAGGGCUGUGGGCAGAUCUGCCAGUGUGCUGGAGCCACCCAGGAGUGCCACCCUGUCACCGGGGCCUGUGUCUGUGCCCCCGGCUUCCACGGCCCUGCCUGCCAGCUGGAGUGCCCCCCUGGGUGGUACGGCCACAACUGUGAGAGGCCGUGCGAGUGCAGAAACGGGGGCCGGUGUGACGGUGCCACCGGGAGGUGCCACUGCCCUGCUGGCUUCAUCGGCGCGGACUGCGGCACCGGUUGUCCUGCUGGCUACUAUGGCAAGGACUGUGCACAGCUCUGCUCCUGUGGGGACGGCGCUUCCUGUCACCCUGUCACUGGAGACUGCAUCUGCCCUCCAGGGAGAACAGGUCCUACCUGUGAGCAGGGCUGUGAGAAGCAGCGGUACGGGAUGGGCUGCCAGCAGCCCUGCUCCUGCCUCAAUGGGGGGCUGUGUGAUGCAGCCAAUGGCUCCUGUGCCUGUGCGCCCGGCUGGACGGGGACAUCCUGUGAAUUAGAAUGCCCGCCGGGAAGGUACGGUGCCAACUGCCAGCUCCCCUGUGCCUGCCUGCACGGGGCCACCUGCCACCCAGGGACUGGAGCCUGCGUCUGCCCCGCCGGCCACUACGGGCCCCUCUGUGAACACCGUUGUCCCUCGGGCUUCCAUGGAGCUGGCUGCCAGGAGAGCUGUGACUGUGAGCACGGGGCAGGCUGUGACCCAGCCACGGGCCUCUGCCAGUGUCCUGCUGGGUUCCACGGAGAGCGCUGCCAGACAGGCUGCAGGGAAGGAACGUACGGCGAGGGGUGCCAGCAGCUCUGUGACUGUGUCGGCAACGCGUCCUGUGACCCAGCCAGCGGGCACUGCCGCUGCCCCCCGGGGAAAACCGGCCCCAAGUGCGGCUCAGACUGCCAGCCAACCAAGUAUGGCCCUGACUGCAGCCUGCCCUGCCAGUGCCCCCCCAGCAGCUCCUACUGCAACGCUCGGAACGGCCAGUGCCUCUGCCUGGCCGGCUACACGGGACCCACGUGUCGGGAAGGGCUGCUUUUGGUAGUGGUCCUAUCAACUAAAACCAGUAGAACAGUGUGGCACCAUCUUAUUCCCAAGGCCCUCAUCUGGUACAAUUUGCUCACCAUGACCCCAGCCACAAGGGAAAGCACAGUGGUGUGA